CACCCACCCCCUUGCUCCUGCUGCCAAUACCUUACUCUAGGGGCCCAGGCAAUAAGCAGAGCACGGGCGACGAGACACUGCACCACAUUGGACCGCAACAGCAACUGGAGCUGGGAACUGGGGACUGGAAACCCGACCUGGCUGGCCUGACCUGACCUUUCCCAAGCACCCAAGCAAGUGUUGAAGCAACCACAGAGACUCAGGCGCUUCCACACUCUGUAUCCUUAGAUCCUAAAGGUACGAAUAGUCUCCCCCCCUCUGUCUUUGCCUUUGCGGCUUGCCUGUGCCUGUGCCUCUCGCCUUACCCCCUAAACCUUUGCUUUACUUUCCCCCAUGCUGCCGUUCACUACCUAGUACCUAACCCAGCCCCCCUCCAGGUUGAAUCAAGACACACCCUCAUGCACGCCAACUGCAUCAGCCUGCGUCCUGCAACAGCGUCCCCAAAUCCAGCGAAAACUCCAACCUCGACUUGCAAAUCUCUGUCGGCAACCUAGCACUCCUCAACCGACACUGCCAAACGACGUCCAUUUCGCAAUACCUCUUGGCCCACGAGGGCUUGUUCGAGAUACACGCUAUCGCCCACCACUAGUGACACCUAAUAGGAGGAUCAAGGACCGGACAGGGGUCGAAAAGGCAACUUGUUUCGCCCCGAUAGCCCGCAUCGCUCCGCACCGCUCCGCAACUUCGACUCGUCGACUCGAAAAACAGACCCGCCCGACCAGCCCAACCUCCCUCCUCCACCGACUCUCGGCGCCGGCACUUCUGUCUCACACACACAUACUGCCUUCUAUCUCUCUCUCGCACACGCACACGCAAACCCCGUACACGAAGACGUCCCUAUUCCUCCUCGUUAUCCGCCUGUUCCAAGCCCGGCAAAACACAUAGAGGGGGCCCUAUUCGAUCACCACAAGGGGGGGAAAUACUAGAGUCCGAACGCCCAUCGCUCAAACCCCUUGUUCUCAUUUUCGCCCUCCAAGAACAAACAUACCCUUCUCCCGACGACGCCCAUCGCCCACGAGAACCUUCCCCGACGCCCACCGCUACAUUGUCGCUGCUCCGCCCAAGCACCGAUAUCCUGAACCCGAGUCCACUCGACCAGACCGACUCUCGAGAACCCCGGUGCCGAAUGACGUGACCCUGUCUUCGACAUUGGACCACGAACCGCUUCAUCGAUCCUCCACCGCCUCCCCCCUCGGUCCUCGCACGAUUCCCGAUCCUCUUCGUUGCCGUCGUCGUUGUAGUCAAUCGUCGUGUCCUUACAUCCUCUCCCCUCCAUUCACCGGAUGGGUUAGGACGUCAUGGCUCAUGCUCCUCUCCUUAGAACAAACACGGCUCCUGUAUUCCAGCAAUCCAACGGAAUUGGCGGCCUACCCAAUACCAUGAGUAAUGCGCCCCGCGCCAGCCAGCUUUCCGGCUCGACAGCGUACACAUCCUCUGGCUCUCUCGCCUCCUUCAACAGCGCAUCCACGGUGACGCCCCCGCAAAAUGGAGGUCCCGUUCAGGCUACGGCCAACAUCAUCAACCAAAAGGCCGAUGCCUCGCGGUCCCUCUACCAGAUUUGCAUGUCCUUGAAGCAGCGAUUAUCACAGGUACCCGGCUUCGACCCCUAUCUCCAAGAGCUCGACCCCAACGACCCUGUCGAAUCACUGUGGGCCCUGUUCCGCACCGGUUAUCCGCUACUCGACAUUUACAACGCCCUGCAGCCAGAGAAGCCCCUCGAGAUCGAAGGCGCAAACGCCAGUGCCAGCGACAGCAAAAAGGCAAAAAUUGCCCUCUUCAAAUUCAUUCAGGCGUGUCUAAAGGAUUUGGGUAUACCCUCGGCGGAAUGCUUCGUCAUCAGCGACGUACUAGGAAAUGACACGACUGGUUUUGUCAAGACCACUCAAGUCGUCAACUACGUUCUCGACAUCGCUGAGCAACGGGGUCUCCUGCUGCAACUCCAGCCUUAUCCCGAAGACGACCUUCCUAUGGAACCAGGCUCCAAGCUGAGCUACCGCGAUCAUAUCGUGAAGGAACUGGUAGACACAGAGCGAAAAUACGUCCAAGAUUUGGAGAACCUCUACGACCUGAAAAGUAGCUUGGAGACUAAGGGAAUCAUCACUGGCGACACCAUUCAUCAGAUUUUCCUCAACAUCAACGCUAUCCUGGAUUUCCAGCGCCGAUUCCUGAUCCGUGUCGAGACGACAAACUCCAUGCCCAAGACUGUACAGCAUUGGGGUGCUCCAUUUGUCACCUACGAAGAUGCAUUCGACAUCUACCGUCCCUUCAUCGCCAAUCAGCGCAAAGCAGCCCAAGUCGCCAAUCAGGUCUUUGACCAGAUCAAAGCUAGCGGGCAUCCCGUGGCCGCAGACUUCAACACCUUGGAUGGCUUCCUCCUCAAGCCCAUGCAGCGUCUCGUCAAGUACCCUCUGUUGUUGAAGGACUUGAUGAAAAAGAGCGAGGACGAGGAUAUUAAGGCCGAUCUGGCAGGCGGCAUCGAGUCCGCAGAAAGAGUUCUGUCAAAGGCCAACGAAGAAGUCAACCGAGAUCUGUUGGACGAGGCUUUGGACGACUUGCGAAACCGCGUCGACGACUGGAAGAAUCAUCGCGUGGAGCAGUUUGGCAGGCUACUGAUGCAUGGUGUUUACACGGUCGUCACAGGGAAGAGCGAGCAAGAAAAGGACUACGAAAUUUAUCUCUUCGAAUGCAUACUACUUUGCUGCAAGGAAAUUUCGGCGAACAAGAGCAGGGACAAGAAGGAUAAGACUAGGUCUACCGGGCCCAAGAUCAGGAACAAGAACGCGAGACUUCAGUUGAAGGGCAGGAUCUUCAUGACGAAUGUUACUGACAUCGUCUCCCUCGCAAAGCCUGGAUCCUACAUUGUCCAAAUCUGGUGGAAAGGUGAUCCCGGCGUGGAGAACUUCAUGAUCAAGUACACCAACGAGGAGCAGAUGAAGAAAUGGGCAGUCGCCUUAGAGGCGCAACGUAAGGAGAAUACGCCCAGUAAAUCUGCUACGAGUCCCGAUUCGGCGGCACCCGACUUUGCCUGGACACGCGAAAACGCUGGCAAGCUCGAGAACCCGUAUCUUAACCAGCAAGACGAUGACGAUGACGAGGAACUGUGGCCACCCGCCUCUGCCCCUGCCCAGUUUCCCAUGCCGACUCAGUCUACAGGAGGCAGCAUGUUGCCUCGCAACGCAUCGAGCACAAGCCUGCGGCAACGCGCCGCAACUAAUGAGAGCCUUGCCGGUAUGGUGAGGGCUCCGCCUCCUAGAUUCCCUCUCCCGCAACCACCGGCGCCUCUCAGUCUUUCGACUCAGGUGCCUGCUCCUGGUGCCUCUUCACCUGGUGCCCGCGGCGGCGACUCGUACUUUUCACCCGUAGCCGAUUCACCUGUUUCCUCACGCACGAGCACCGCCAGCAAUAUGUUCCCUAAUCCAGCAUACCAAUUCCCCAAGUCGCUGACCCCUCAGCCUGGGUGGGAAGAUCCCAAUCAGAGAUACACGGCCCCCGCAAUGCCUCGAGCUCCUUCGAGAGACGGUUCUUCGCAGCACAGGAAUCCUCGCGGACCGUCUUUGCCGGCAAUGGCUUCCAACAGCCAGACUGCAGCACAGCAGCAGCGCAGCAGAUCGUACAGCACUCCUGAUAUCAACGCCCCCGGGAAUAUUCGUCGCACUCAAGGGGGCACUCCUGUCCCGGCGGUGCCUGGCAUCCCGGCGCAUCUACACCCUGCCCACGACCAGAAUAUCCCACGGUCGCAGACCGGCUCGCCCCGGGUGAAUGACGUUCCCAUCAGGUCAAACACGCAGAGCCCAGGCGCUCAGCGAGAACGCCAGUACGGCCACCAGCAGUCUGGAAGUUACGGUGGCACCAUGUCACAGUUCCCCGCUCAGCCAAUCUAUCCCCGCCAGGGAACGCCAAACUCUGUCCAUGACCGGCAGCUCAGCAUCGAUGCGGCUGCGUCUAUGAAUGCGAUGUUGUCUCCUCCCCUUGGCACCGGCGGGAUCAUCGGAUCUCAGUCAAACCCCCUUGCCAGCCCCGACCUACCGAUUCCCACGCAGUUGAAGGUCAAGGUGAACUUUGUCGACAGCGGCAACUACGUCACCCUGGUUGUUGCAUUCAACAUCACAUACCAGUCCUUGAUUGACCGCAUCGACGCCAAACUUGCGCGGUUCACCAACAGCAGUAUCAGUAAGGGCAUGCUUAAGCUCCGAUACCAGGACGAGGAUGGCGACUUCGUCACUAUUGCCAGUGACGAUGACAUUCAGAUCGCCUUUAUCGAAUGGCGCGAGGGAGCCCGCGCCACUGCACCGGGAGGGGUAGGCGAGAUUGAGCUGUUCUGCGUUGGAGAAACGGCCUAAGCGCCUCAUUUCUAUGUCGAAGUAGGUCUUUUGGGAGAACAUUGGGACUUUCCCAGGCGCAUCAUACCCAUAUACCCACCGGGGGGCAUUUCUUUGCAUACAUGGCGUCCGGAGCAGAUUGUUUCACCUCAUUUUUAUACCUCUCAGCAUCGCAUCAACAAGCACGUGGCUGCUAGACUACCAUACAUCACGGGGUUCGUAGCGGCAGCCAUUUGCGGUUAAGAAGCAUUCGGACUCGCGCACGAGAAUUUAGACGGUUCCAUCAUGACCAUACGUUUCCUUGCCCUCAAGGACACGGUCCCCUAUGCGGGGAUUGUAUCCCAAGGCACUCAUUCAUCGGAUCGCUCCUUUUCUUCUUUUUGGAAAUACUUGACAUCAAACUACCAUGGGCGACUCUGGAUGUCUCUAUGGGGUUCUUCGAUAUCGAACUCUUCAGGGGCAGAUACAUCCAGAGCUCCCAUCAUUUCACUUUCACUUCUUCUCUUGGUUGACUACUCUUUCUGGGAUGACUAACCUACUUUCGAUCGUUACGACUUUGAUGAUGGAGGACGAAUUUUGAUAUCUGGCUCUGCCUAAAUGGUUGGGUGCGGUUUGGCUGGGUGGCAACUGAGCUGCCAUCAGCCAGGAGGGAACGAGAAUGUCUGCCACGUCGCUCGCUACAGUUUGGGGAUCGGGUUCUUGGCUGGCGCUAGCUAAAGGUUAUUCGAACAAUGAACAGGCG